CGAGUGACACAAACCAUUACCACCCGACUGUUUUGUUGUUUUUGUUCUUUCUGCGGCUUCGCUGUCUUCUGGAUGUCGCUGCUAAGCUUUCUUCCGCACCGUAUUUCCCAGCGUCUAACUGCACUCUAUUUCACUGCCUCCAGCUUUAGCCUCCAACGCCGACCACAAACUACUCAAACGAACACGAUGGCGGGUAUGACGGUGACGAAAAUCCCUGCCCUGAAGGACAACUUCAUGUACCUGAUCAAGUGUAACAAAACGCAGGAAGCGGCCGUCGUCGAUCCGGUUGCACCGGACCGUGUGCUGGAGGUCGUGCAGCAGGAAAAUUGUAAGCUGAACAAGCUGCUUACAACGCACCACCACUGGGACCAUGCCGGCGGUAACGAGGCACUGUACGAACGGUACCGUCAGAACCCGGCCUGGGGUGAGCUGAGCGUGUACGGUGGCGAGGACGAAAGGAUCGCCAAGCUAACGAACCCGGUCAAGCAGGAUGACACGUUCGAGAUAGGGAAUUUGCGCGUCCGUUGCCUUUCCACGCCGUGCCACACGACGUCGCACAUCUGCUACUUCGUCGAGAGCGAUACGGAGCGGGCCGUUUUUACCGGCGAUACGCUAUUCCUUGCCGGGUGCGGUCGAUUCUUCGAGGGCACACCGAUCCAAAUGUACGAAGCGUUGAUCGAGAAGCUGUCCAGCCUGCCGGACGAUACGCAGGUAUACUGUGGCCAUGAGUAUGCGCUGCAGAAUCUACGUUUUGGCCAGACGAUCGAACCGAACAACGAGGACAUACGGGCGAUGCUGUCAAAGGCUGAUACGCCCGAUGUGGAGCAACGUCGUGCACUCGUGCCAUCCACGAUUGGGCAGGAAAAGCGCAUUAACGUGUUUAUGCGCGUGAAGCAACCGCACAUGGAGGAGAAGUUUGGCACUAGCGAUCCGGUUGAGAUUAUGAAGCUGUUGCGGGCAGCAAAGGAUAAGUUUUGA